AUGAUCGGUCACUGCCUGGGAAUGGAAAACCAAACCACUGUGACUGAGUUUAUUCUCUUGGGACUUUCCAGUAACCCACAACUCCAAACUUUACUUUUCUUUGUGUUUUUGGUGAUAUACCUAAUCACCCUAGUGGCUAAUGUAGUCAUUAUGUUGGUGAUACGAGCUGAUUCUCAUCUUCAUACCCCCAUGUAUUUCUUUCUGUCUCAUCUAUCCAUUGUUGAUAUGUGCUAUUCCUCAACCGUUGUCCCGCAGAUGCUGGUGGAUUUACUAGCAAGACAUAAAACUAUUUCUGCCAAUGCUUGCUUCACCCAGAUAUUCUUCAUCUUUUUCUCAGGUACUUGUGAAAUAUUCAUUCUCUCAGUAAUGGCAUAUGACCGUUAUGCUGCUAUCUGUAAACCUUUGCAUUAUGCAGUGACUAUGAACAAAAAAGUGUGCGGGAAAUUAGUGGGUGGUUCGUGGAUCAUUGUGGUGGGUUUGUUUUAUACAACGGCUCUUUUUCAGUACAUGAAACCCAGCUCCAUUUCUUCAGCGCUCCUAGAUCAAGUCUUUUCCGUCCAAUACAGCAUCUUAACCCCCAUGUUAAACCCCAUCAUCUAUAGUCUGAAAAAUAAAGAAGUGAAAACAGCCUUGGAGAGAAUUUGGGGGAGUUUGGGGGGGAGUUCCCAACUGAUAUAA